AUGGCUCUCAGCUCCAACGCCAAUCCGUUGUUACCUCUCUCUGGAACUUCGAUUCCUUCCAAUUAUGCUAAUAGAAAUCUCAAAUCAUUUUCUGAUUUCUAUAAUCCAACCUUCAUCGCCAAAUUCUCUGCAAAAAAACCGUUGUUUAUUUGUAAUUCGCGCCAACCAUUCUCACUAAGAAUCAGAGCUCAAACUUCCAACGGCAGCAAUGUUAAUGUUAACGAAGAUCAAAUUUCCGAUUUUAUCAUCGAAGACGUCCCUCACUUAACAAAUUUUCUCCCUGAUUUACCGGUAUUUCUUGCUCAGUAA